CUUACGUUCGAGUAAACAUAAAAUUUCAAAAUAACCAUUUACUUCUAAUUCUUUUUAUUUUCCAAAUCCUCCCCAAAAGUAGUCCUUAGUUGUAAUUUUUUACUAUAUAAGAUUUUCGAAAAUAAUUUAGAAGUUGCUGGCCCAUCAAUCUAUGUUCCGUUUGCUUUUAUCCAGUAUCCAAAGCGAUAUAAUAUAGCGACAAACAAGGAAAUUGCAAAGCAAAAUUAAUAAAUAAACAGAAAGCAAAGCAAGGCGAAGAAAAAAGGUGUCAAGUGUUUUCUCAAUUCUGCAAUGGCUGGCGUUGUAGGGUUCGUUGGGUUGGAUCGUGUAAGCUUAGAUAUGGCUGCUUCGCUUCUCCGCGCCGGCUACAAAGUCCAAGCUUUUGAGGUCCAAAAGCUUUUGAUGGAUGAGUUUUUGAACCUAGGAGGAACUGAAUGCAUCAGCCUUAUGGAGACAGGGAAAGGUGUUGCAGCUUUGAUUGUCUUAAUAUCUCACGUGGAUCAAAUAAAUGACUUAAUUUUUGGUCAUGAUGGUGCUUUGAAAGGAUUACAGAAGGAUACAGUCAUAGUUCUUCAUUCGACCAUAUUGCCAUCACACAUCCAGAAUCUGGAGAAGACUCUUAGAGAUGAUGGUUUGGCAACUUCAGUAGUUGACGCAUAUGUCUAUAAGGCAACAUCUGAGGGCUUAAAUGGAAAAGUUGUGGUUAUCUCCUCAGGAAGGUUUGAUGCCAUUUCAAAGGCUCGCCCUUUUCUAUCUGCAAUGUGUGAAAAGCUUUACAUUUUUGAAGGUGAAACUGGAGCUGGAAGCAAAAUUAAAUUAGUCACUGAGCUGCUAGAGGGUAUUCAUCUUAUUGCUGCUGUAGAAGCUAUUUCUCUUGGUGUUCAAGCUGGGAUCCAUCCAUGGAUAAUCUAUGACAUCAUUUCAAAUGCUGCUGGAAAUUCUUGGGUUUUCAAGAAUUAUAUUCCACAGUUGCUGAGGGGCAAUGUCAAAUAUCAUUUCCUGAAUCCUUUCAUUCAGAAUUUGGGUAUUGUUUUGGAUGUGGCCAAAUCGCUUACAUUUCCUCUUCCACUUUUGGCAACUGCUCAUCAACAACUGGUUCUUGGGUCUACACAUGGUCAUGGAGAUGAUAAUACCCCAUUGGUUCAGGUUUGGGACCAAGUACUUGGAGUGACUACCACAGAUGCAGCUAAUGCUGAACUCUACCACCCAGAGCAACUUGCAAGUCAAAUCACUGCAAAAUCUAAACCUGUGAACCGAGUUGGUUUCAUUGGUCUUGGAGCAAUGGGAUUUGGCAUGGCAACUUACCUUGUGAAAUCAAAUUUCUGUGUUCUUGGUUACGAUGUGUACAAACCUACGCUAACUCGAUUUGAAAGUGCUGGUGGCUUGAUUGGGAACUCUCCGGCAGAUGUAUCUAAAGGUAAUUUGAGGCAUUUUCAAAGACCUACCAAUCCAAAGAUAUUGGAAACCAACACAGAUAACGCUCUUACUGAAUAUGAUUCAGUUGAAUCUUUUGAUGAUCUUGAUCAACAGAUUGCUUUAAGGAAAGAUGGAAGUAUUAACAAAUUCAAAGCUCGCCUUAUUGCAAAAGGAUUUACUCAAUCUUAUGGUGUUGACUAUGAGGAGACAUUUGCUCUGAAGUUUAUAUGGAAAUCCCUCAAGGAUUCAAAAACCAGGACAAUUCUGGCAAGGUUGCUAAGGGAGUUAAAGAUUUUUGCAGAAGAAUCCAUGAAGAUAUUCUACGACAACAAAGCUACCAUAAGUAUAGCAAAGAAUCUUGUUCAUCAUGAUAGGACUAAGCAUGUGGAGAUUGAUCGCUACUUCAUCAAAGAGAAGAUAGAGGAAGGAAUUGUUAGAUUAGUUUAUACUCCCGCAUGCCUCCAAACUGCAAGCAUACUCACUAAACCUCUCUCUCGAAACAACUUCGAGAAUCUGAAGUCCAAGCUGGGCAUGAUUGACAUCUACCACCCAGCGAUGUUUGAAAAUCGCGUUCCGCACAUGUUGGACAAUGACUAUACCCCAUACUCUGCUCUUGAUAUAUUUGUGAAGGAUCUGGGAAUUGUUGCUCGUGAAUGCUCAACCCGCAAAGUUCCACUCCAAAUUUCAACUAUUGCACACCAACUCUUUUUAGCAGGAUCUGCUGCUGGUUGGGGUCGGCAAGAUGAUGCUGGUGUGGUAAAGGUCUAUGAAACCCUCACUGGUGUUACAGUUGAAGGAAAACUUCCAGCUCUUAAGAAAGAAGUUGUCAUGCAAAGUCUUCCACCUGAGUGGUCAGUGGAUCCUAUCAAUGAUAUACACAGACUAAAUCAGCAAAGCUCAAAAAUACUAGUUGUUCUUGACGAUGAUCCAACUGGAACGCAAACGGUUCAUGAUGUUGAGGUAUUAACUGAAUGGAGUGUUGAAUCGCUUGUUGAACUGUUUAGAAAAAGGCCUGUAUGCUUCUUCAUUCUAACUAAUUCCCGAUCACUAAGCUCUGAGAAGGCAACUGCAUUAAUCAAAGAUAUAUGCAGCAAUCUUUAUACAGCAGCUAAAACAGUUGAGCAUAUUGAUUACACAGUGGUUUUGAGAGGUGAUUCGACAUUACGAGGUCAUUUUCCAGAGGAGCCAGAUGCAGCUGUUUCAGUACUAGGUCAGGUGGAUGCAUGGAUCCUUUGCCCCUUCUUUCUCCAAGGAGGCCGCUAUACCAUUGAAGAUAUGCACUAUGUUGCAGAUUCUGAUUGGCUUGUUCCUGCAGGAGACACAGAGUUUGCUAAAGAUGCCGCCUUUGGCUAUAAAUCUUCAAACCUUCGAGAGUGGGUGGAGGAGAAAACAGCAGGACGCAUUCCAGCUAGCAGUGUUGCAUCCAUUUCUCUCCAACUUUUAAGAAAAGGUGGACCAGAUGCAGUUUGUGAGCAUCUUUGCAGUUUAGAGAAGGGGUCAAUAUGCAUAGUAAAUGCAGCUAGUGAAAGAGACAUGGCUGUAUUUGCUGCUGGAAUGAUCCAGGCAGAACUGAAGGGGAAGUCUUUUUUAUGCCGUACUGCUGCCAGCUUUGUUUCUGCCCGCAUUGGAAUUAUCCCCAAAGCACGAAUCCUCCCAAAGGAUCAGGGAAUAAAUAAAGAAAGAAGUGGUGGACUAAUUGUUGUGGGUUCAUAUGUUCCAAAAACAACAAAACAGGUUGAAGAGCUUCAGUCACAAUAUGGACAUAUGUUAAAAAGCAUUGAGGUUUCUGUUCAUAAAGUUGCUAUUGAGUCAUCAGAAGAGAGGGAGGAGGAAAUUAAUAGAACUGCUGAGAUGGCAUCUGUUUUUCUUGCAGCUCGUAAAGAUACUCUUAUAAUGAGCAGCAGAGAACUCAUCUCUGGAAAAACUGCUUCUGAGAGUUUAGAGAUCAACUUCAAAGUGAGCUCUGCACUGGUUGAAGUAGUUAGGAGGAUAACUACAAGACCUCGUUACAUUCUUGCCAAGGGUGGAAUCACCUCAUCAGACCUUGCUACAAAAGCUCUGGAAGCAAAACGUGCCAAAGUGGUAGGGCAAGCCCUAGCUGGAAUCCCUUUGUGGGAGCUGGGCUCUGAAAGUAGACAUCCAGGAGUUCCAUACAUUGUUUUCCCAGGUAAUGUUGGUGACAGCAAAGCACUGGUGGAAGUAGUGAGAUCUUGGGCUCACCCUAUCAGACUUUCUUCGACGAAAGAGAUCCUUCUUAAUGCAGAAAGCGGUGGCUAUGCUGUUGGAGCCUUCAAUGUCUAUAACAUGGAGGGAGUUGAGGCAGUAGUAGCAGCUGCAGAGCAAGAAGAUAGCCCAGCUAUUUUACAGGUUCAUCCUGGUGCCUUUAAGCAAGGAGGGAUUUCCAUGGUUGCAUGUUGUAUAUCUGCUGCAGAACAGGCCAGUGUUCCCAUCACUGUUCACUUUGACCAUGGUACUUCAAAGAAAGAACUGUUGGAAUCUCUUGAGCUGGGCUUCGAUUCAGUAAUGGUGGAUGGUUCACAUCUUCCCUUCAAGGAUAAUAUCUCAUACACAAAGUACAUAUCAAACUUGGCCCACUCGAAGGGUAUGCUUGUCGAGGCAGAACUUGGAAGAUUGUCAGGAACAGAAGAUGAUUUGACUGUUGAAGACUAUGAAGCAAGGCUUACCGAUGUUAAUCAGGCUCAAGAAUUCAUAGAUGAGACUGGCAUAGAUGCCUUGGCAGUAUGCAUUGGGAAUGUACAUGGAAAAUACCCGGCAACUGGCCCAAAUCUCAAAUUUGAUUUGCUUGAGGAUCUAUAUGCCCUAAGUUCAAAGAAAGGAGUUCUUCUUGUGCUUCAUGGAGCAUCUGGUUUGUCCAAGGAACUUGUGAAGGGUUGCAUAGAGCGUGGUGUGAGGAAGUUCAAUGUCAACACUGAGGUACGGAAAGCAUACAUGGACUCACUGAGCAGCCCCAAGGGAGAUCUGGUGCAUGUAAUGGCAUCUGCCAAAGAAGCCAUGAAAGCCGUGGUUGCAGAGAAGAUGCGUCUAUUUGGUUCUGCUGGAAAAGCAUGAUGGUCUCUGGUUUCAACUGUCUCCCUGCAAAAUAAUUAUAGCAAGAGUUAGUUAUAUUUUACAGGGAAAGGCUAUUAACACACAUUGCAGGAACCGGAAGUUUUUUCCUUAAUUAGGGUAGUUUAAAAUCUUUAUUUUCAAAAUAUGAUACUUCUAAACUUAUUUUUAUACGCAAGGUCUUUUAGCCCAAGAUGCCAUGUCAUUCUUUUUUAAGGAAAAUAACAUUUUAGAAAUUUUUAAAAGAUAAAA